AUGACGAAGAGAGGACUUUCUGGGAUAGAGAAUGAGCUCAAUGACGCUGGUGCUACAGUUUGCUUUGCUUCCAUUAUUGAACUGCAUGAGGCACUCGCCCAUGAUCGAAUGUCAGAUGCAUGGAAAAAGACUCGUUCAACCGAGCCAUUUUUGCGAUCAAGAAGUGAAGACAAAUUUGUAACAACUGUCCCGCUUGUAUCAUGUCAAGGUCCAAUUUUCAUUGAAAAUGAAAAUUUCCAUCAGUUUUUCAAGGAAGCGUCAAACUGCUCAUAUGAUGAGAUGAAUAAAUCCGCGGUACCAGCUGAUCUCCUUGUUGUAUCUGACCCCAAGACAGCUCAUUCUGUUGGAUUAAUCAUCCGACUGCCCCAUUCGCCAUUGAGAGACGAACAAAAGAAAGCAUUUCUUGAGAGAUAUCAUGGUGAAAUCAUUAACUUCAAGAACGUUGUUCCGCAUCAUAAGUACGAAGAGAGACCGGUCAAAUUCUUCAAGAGCCAAAGUAAACCAGUCGAGUAUGAGGUCACAUGCGGAAAAGGCUCUUUAUCUGCACCAAAACGGCUUUUGGAAUUCUGUCGGCAACAUGGUAUUACCAUCGGCACUUAUUUAAUAGCAUCAAUCGCAUUUAUCAACUCAAAGAUGACAGGAGAUGCUUCAAAAGAGCUGAAAAUGGAUGUUGACUACAACCUUCGCGAUCGUUUCCCCAAGAAGCUUGGAAAGACAACUGUUGCUUGCUACAUCGGCUGGCCUUCCCUCAAACCCGAGGCAGAGCUCAAUGAAACGCUUCUCCAGACUGCACAAAAGGCAAGUCGAAACAUAAAGAGUCAAAUUGAGAAUCAUGAACAUCACAUGUGGCGAGAGAUCGAAGAUCUAUGGGAAGAACACGAGGAGGAGUAUCAAAAGGUCUCCUACAGAAACAACGGAAUAACAUCGUCGAUAAAUUUCUCAAACGUCGGACGAUAUCCUUUCGGGAUUAACUACGACGUCAGUAAAGUGAGAGAGCUGUACUGCACGGGUCACAGCUGGGGCGCCUGGUUCGAGUAUUGCAUACUUUUUCAGACGACUGAUAGGAUCUGCAUCACCGUUAGUCAUUUAUCAACCAAGGAACAUAAUGAAGCUGCACAAAAUUACGUGGAGAAACUCAUCGAAUUCACAGAAUCGCCACAAUCCUUUGCUGAACUAACGCUAGAAAAAUAUAUGAACGAGUAA